UGUGGAUGCAGCUUGACAAGCGGAGCCGCGCAGAGCUCGCCUCGACUGGCUGCGUCUGUCUCCGUCGACGGACUGUCGUUUUGAUUCUCUCUCAACUUUGCCGCCAUGACCAUCACCCGGCCGGGGACGUGAAGAAGAAUACGAAAGAGGUGGAGGAGAAUGUGAAGAAGAAGAUGCCUGAUGGGUCGUUCCAUCACCGCCAGUGCGCCAGUUGGGGGGUCGUCAGCACCAUAACAAAGCCAUGCCGAGGUUCAGCGUCAAAUGGGGGCUCGCCGUCUUGCUGAUGCUGCUGGUCGGCGGCGUCUUCUUCUUCUGCGAGUAUCUCAUCUACUUCCCCACCAUCCUUAAGUGCGCCUGGCCCAGGAUUGAACAUGCACGCGGCGGGGAGGACUCACCCCCGGUCCGCGCCAUGGUGCUGUCGGACACGCACCUCCUGGGAGCCGUGGGGGGCCACUGGUUCGACAAGCUGAGGAGGGAAUGGCAGAUGGAGAGAGCUUUCCAGACAGCCGUGUGGCUCCUCAGGCCCGAGGUGGUCUUCAUCCUGGGGGACAUCUUCGACGAGGGCAAGUGGAGCUCCCAGAAGCACUGGGAGGAUGACGUGCGUCGGUUCCACAGGAUGUUCAGACACUCCAGCAACACAGAGUUGGUUGUACUGGUUGGUAACCACGAUAUCGGCUUCCAUUACGAGAUGGACUGGUUAAAGCUGCAGCGCUUUGAGAAGGUCUUCAAUGCCUCAUCCACCAGGAUCGUCACCAAAAACGGAGUCAAUUUCCUGCUGGUGAACAGCGUGGCCCUGCACGGUGACGGCUGCCCCAUCUGCCAGGCUGUGGAGAAGGAGCUCAUCAAACUGUCCAGAGACCUCAACUGUUCUCUUAGUCAGAGCCCACAGUCCAGCACCGCCACGGCGGUGGACAACUGUGAGGGCGCGCAGGUGUAUCCCCCCACACCCCCCAUCAUGUUACAGCACUACCCGCUGUACAGAGUGAGCGACGCAGGCUGCACAGGCACAGACGCUGCGCUGCCUGGAGAGCGACACCUUCUGUUCAGGGAGAAGUAUGAUGUGCUGUCAAAGGAAGCCUCCCAGAGGCUGCUGCAGUGGUUUAAGCCCCGCCUCAUCCUGAGUGGCCACACCCACAGCGGAUGCGAGGUCCUCCAUGACAACAAGUACCCAGAAAUUAGCGUGCCAUCCUUCAGCUGGAGGAACCGUAACAAUCCCAGCUUCAUCCUGGCCACAACAUUAGGUACAGAGGUGUGUGAUACUAGGUGACCAGCAGGGGUGUAACGAUUCAUUCACUAUUCAACUACAUCGAUCGGGGUUCUCAAGUUUCCACUCAGGAGGACAUGUGCUGUAUUCAUAUCCAUCUAACAUCGUUUAAAAGGUAAUCAAUCGAAUGAAUCGAUACUAGGAAAUUAUCUGUUUUCUCUCCUGGUUUGGUCUCAUCAUUAUCAAAACUUAUUAUCAUAAACCCACCACACCACGGUAUCCCGUUCAGUGUCUGUGUUAAGCGCGUCAUCAAGAUGGAGGACCCAUCGCGACCCUCUCAGCGGCAAAAGGUACAAGGAGGCCACAUUACUUGCUAGUUGCUGAACCGUUCUUUCAAAUGGCUGCUCUGAUCAGGACGAUUAUCAGCACGAAAAAGCCCCUUCUUCCAUCGGCCCGUACAGGUGAGAACGUUUCAACACCUAAUUUUUUAAUCUUAAGCAUGUCAGCAUUAUUAAUAAUUUACAAUAAUUUCCUUUACAAAAAACAACAGGAAUCUAGGAAACUUCACCUGCACUGUCCAGUAUCCAGGUAUUUAUUUCACAGUCACACUGGUUGAAUUGUUGGCUAAAAAGUUACUGAAUCGAUUUAAAGUUAAUGAAUAGUUUCGGAUCGUAUCGUUCUAAAUUAACCAAUAUCGUCUUUGAGUCUUAUCGGCAACCACGAAUCGUGAUACGAAUCGAAUCGUUAUUAAAACAAAUCGUUACACCCCUGGUGACCAGAGUCAUUAUGAUUAGCAUGAGCAAUUACAAUUAAAAAAAUAAUAAUUAUCUGCAAAUAACUAUUACUUUCUUUGUACAAGUUGUAGUAUGUUUUUUUAAUUAUUCUACUAAUUUCUAUUUUUUCAUAUGAAAUGGUAUACUGUGGAAUAUGUUUUGUCAUAUUAACAAUGAUACCUCAUUAAAAUAUAGACAGUACUAAAAUAAAACGAGGUGCAGCCUACAUGUACCAUGAUGCAUUGCUGCCUCGCCUCUGACACUAAAGCCCGCCCCGAUAGUGACGUUGUGUCACAAUGGCUGACAUAAACACAAUGUUGUCACGAACAUGUAUUUAAACAUCGGACUGGAAGCAAAAUACUAGAAACUGCCUUUUUAAACUCGUCUAUAUUCAUAAUGUUCACAGACAUGUUUCAGCGAUUAAGAUGCUAACCCGUUAAAUGACUGAGAAUAUUCACAGGCUGUUUGGACUCUCCACCCCCACCCCCCCACCCC